CCCUAGAAGAGGCUUUUAUUUUGAAAAGCAAACGCGCCGGAAAAGAUUCCCCAUAGGUGCGGAAACAAAGAUGGCGGAAGAAGAGAACCAGUUUGAAGAAUUUGAGCAGAUAGACUUUUUGAAAGACCGACAUGUCCGAUUCUUCCAGAGGACCUUGCAGGUGUUACCUGAGCGGUACGCGUCGCUGGAAACAACCCGGUUAUCUAUUUUAUUCUUUGCCCUGUCUGGUCUGGAUGUGUUGGAUGCCCUGGAGGUGGUGGAUAGUAAAGUGAUGAUUGAGUGGAUUUACUCACAACAAGUUCUGCCCACCCAGGAUAAAUCCAACCUGAACCGUGGGGGGUUUCGUGGAUCAGCACAUAUUGGGAUUCCUUACAGCACGAAGGGUCCAGGUGUGCUCCAUCCGUACGACAGCGGCCAUGUUGCCAUGACCUACACCGGCCUGUGCUCCCUGUUGAUCCUCGGAGACGAUCUGAGUCGGGUGAACAAAGAGGCCGUUCUGGCCGGUCUCAAAGUGCUGCAGAUCGAGGACGGCAGUUUCUAUGCCGUGCCAGAAGGAAGUGAGAAUGACAUCCGGUUUAUCUACUGUGCAGCUAGUAUCUGUUACAUGCUGGAUGACUGGUCAGGCAUGGACACCCAGAAAGCCAUCGAGUACAUCCGUGGAAGUCUGUCAUAUGACAAUGCAUUUGGCCAAGGAGCUGGGAGAGAAUCUCACGGUGGUUGGACGUACUGUGCCAUAGCCUCGCUGUGCCUGAUGGGCCGACUGGACGAGGCUCUGAGUCCGCGGGAGCUGAACAGGAUCCGGCGCUGGUGCAUCAUGAGGCAGCAGAGCGGUUUCCACGGACGUCCCAACAAACCCGUGGAUACGUGCUACUCCUUCUGGGUGGGAGCUACGCUGGAGCUCCUGGAUGUGUUCCAGUUCACACACUUUGAGAAAAACAGGAGCUUCAUUCUGUCCACGCAGGAUCGUUUGGUCGGCGGCUUCGCCAAGUGGCCCGACAGCCAUCCAGACCCUCUUCAUGCCUACUUGGGGCUGUGUGGCCUGUCUCUGAUUGGAGAGCCUGACCUAAGGAAGGUCCACCCAGCUCUUAACAUCACCCAGAGAGCCUUUCAGCACCUCCAGCAGCUGCAGCAGACGUGGAGGGACAACGCCGGCAGCUGCGUCGGACGGCAGUGAAAGCAGGACGAUUUACAGCGCUAACUCUGGAGCGGACGCCGUCUGCUGUCGGUCAGCGGCCGAAGGCGGCUGGACUUCUGCCGGGUCUCACAGAUACUUGGCUGCUCAAGAAGUUUGAAUUGUUUGGAAUUGCGAGGAUUUAAACACUUGAGGACCUCAUUUAAAGUCCAUCUAAAGCAACUUAUUUGUUGAGCAAUAUAUGCCACACCUCUUUGCUGCCUUUAAAAAAAAAAAAAAAGAAAACAAAAAAAUAAGUAAUUGUUAAUAAAGUUAUGCGGUGCGGUUUGUGAAAAUACAAUAUAAUAAUGUGCCAGAAAGUGUAAUUCACUGGAGACUUGAACAAACGUCAGAUGCCUCCAUCUUUAUUUUAUGGCCUUUUUUUUUUUUUUUUAAAUUAUGACACUUUUCUUCAAAGAUGUAUUGCUUUACUUCCUUUUCUCUGCUUUGCUAACCUGCCUGGCGCUUCCGUUCGCACGUAGCUGCUGAAUGUUUUGAACCUCCCAUGAUGCAUCAGGUCUUAGUGGGUCAUGACCUCUGGCUCCUCAGUUUGAAAUCUGAUACCCUCCCUACAGGUUUACUCCCUUCAGCUUCUCGCCGCAACGUUCUCUGGUUUCACCACUGCAAGCUCUAAUUUUCAACGAUCAGGAGAUUAAAAUAAAAAUGGAACUGCUCGGGUGACAUUUGAAAUGGGGCUAAAUGUACCUCAGCUGCUGAUUAGUUGUGUAUUUUAAGAAGAUUAUGGAAUAGGAUUCACUUGAAACCUUUUUUAGGGAUUUUAUUUGACAGACCACGCCCUGCGUGGCUCGUAAUUAUACAAUGGAAGGAAAAUUGUACAAUGUUUUCAAUAUUUUUUCAAAAAUCUAAAGUACAGAGCAUUUCUCUAUGUUCUGUUUUCAAAGUUCCUCUUUGAAGAAUGAGUUAAUCUCCCUUAUAUUUGAUGAAGAGCAACUACAAACAUUGGAUUCUCCAUUGGAUGCAAUUCUGGACUUUGACUGGGCCAUUUUAACAGAUCAAAGCUCUUUGUUCUAACACAUUUAAUUGUACCUCUCGCUGUGUGUCGGCUUUCCUCCUCCUCUCCCCAAGUGUAAAGGGUUUUGCUGCCAGUAAGAGGCUUCCAUCAACCCUGACUAGUUUUAUCAUCCUUAGUGAAGUGUUAGGGCUUUAGGUUUGGGUUUCCAUCACAUGUCGCCUUUUCCUUGUGAGUUCAGUUCAGUUUUGGUCUCAUCCGACCAGAGCCUUUUCUUCCUCAUGUUUGCUCUGUGUCAGACUCCGAACAUGGCUUCUGCUGUGAGGAUCACAUACGUGUGGAGGAAAAGCUCAUACAGAUUGUUCCACCUGAGCAGUGGGUCCCUGCAGCUCCUCCAGAGUCACCCUGGGACUCUUGGUUGCUGCCACAGUCUCCUGUCAGUGAUUUUUUAUUUUUUAUUUUUUUAUUUAGUUACUUUUGAAGGUGAUUGGUAGCAGUAUAUUUUAUUUAGAGGUGUCAUAAUUCAGAUUUGUAAAAGAAUAAUUUUGAAAACCGUGUAAUUUUCCUUCCACUCCAUUAAACGUUUGGUUGUAUUGCAAAAAUUGGAAAUGGAAAAAAAAAAAAAAAACAGAAUUAAGGAGUAUGAAUACUUUUGUCCAGCGCUGUAAAUGUCACCUCCUGAAUUAAAACCAAAUCUCCGCAGCAGUGUGUCAGGGAGGCUCCCCAUGACCUCUGACCUGAACUCAUUCACCUGCUUCCUCCUCCCCUGUGAGGUCGCAUCCAGCUGGAAAUCGACGGGGAGAUUGGACAAUGGCAUCACAACCAGAGGAAAACGGUUCUUUGAACUGUUUGUUCGUGACUCCAGAAAGGAUGCAGGAUGAAAUAAAAGAACAAUGGCCACGACUGCACCUCCACAUGUCAGGAAGCAGAAACGACUUCACACGAUCCCUUCCUAGCUGUUGACCGCCAUCAGAACCGACUGUCUGUAAGAAGAACUUCUGGCUUUACUUUCAGUUCAUUCAGAUGUCUAUGCAGGUGUUUGAGCUGAGGUCCAAAAUGGCGUUCACGGCCUGGCAAAGAGAGGCUUUCCACCUUUUUGCCUUUACAUCAGUCGUCUGUCUUGCAGCAAGGAAAAACAUUUCCAGCUUUCACACAUCGCUGCUCUGGAGCGACACCUUUUUUUUUUUUAAUGAGGCCACAGUGUGAGGUAACACCUGCUCCCCCCGAGUUGACACGUGACGAGAUGCUUUGAAAGCGUGUCAGAAACACAGCUGCCCGUCUGCUGCCUGUUUACCUGCAGCUCUUCUCCGUGUGCAGACGCGCCUGUGACUGCAUUUAGGAAGACACACUGAGGCUGGCUCUGCUAUCAGGGAAAAAAAAAUAAAAGGGGAGAAGAUGUGAGGAGAGCUGAAUGAAUAAAUAACGUGAGCCAUCUAUUAUUAAAAGUAAGCUGUCAGAGGCUGGAUUCGGCUCUUUUGAGUCCAGACAGAAUCCUCGGCUCUGGUGUGAAAACAAUAGGAUUCCUAACUAAUGUGCAGCAUUAUUGUUUAUUUUGCACUGCUCUGAAGCAAUUUCUCUUUCUCAAAUAAUGCUACCGUUUUCUUAUUAUGUAUACAUAAUGCGUAGAAACCAUUACCACAAAACGCUUUGGCAUUUUUAAAAAUGUUGCUGAAAUGCGUGGGUUUUUUUCUAUUUUAACCCUCUCUCUCUAACAGUGUGUCUUCUUUACCUAUAUGCUACAAGCCUGUUCUCUUUAGUUGAAUACAAAGCUGACUGGAGCACUAAGUAAUCUGUUUGCUUUCUUGGUUACCUACCAAAAUGAUCCAGUUUGGCUUUUAUUUGUCUGUGUACAUAGAUGGAGUCACAUGGUGAAGCCACUUUCUCCAGCUUGCCUCCUCAUUGUGCCUAAUGGAUUGUUUUCCGUCGCUGCUCUCUGAAUGCUUUGCUUUCGUUCGCUUCUCUUAUUGCCUAAUUUAGAUUUCUGCUUGGAUCCUUCUGCGAAAAAUGGCAGUGAAUAUCAAGUUAACCUACAAAGGAAGAGGGAAGUGUAACCUGGAUAUUUGUUUAGAUUCUACGGGACGAUAUGUGUUGUUUACAUGCGUGACUGUCGGAUAUAAGUAGGCUACUCUCUGUUUGGUAUCGUCCAGAAAUAUGUUAGGAUUUAUUUUGACAGGACACUGAGUGGCGAAUGAUUAUUUUGGCUCCUGUUACACAGCAGACGAGGCCCUCAGUCCCAGCAGCAUGAAAUAAAGACAGCACUGCUUUGUGCUUCCAAAAGCUGUGAAAAGAUUGUCCAAGAGAUGCAGCCAAAACACCACAUGCCAUUUUACGAAGCACUGCUAUACAUAUUGUAACGAUAAAUCGUGUAACAAAAAAAAAGAAAAAAAAACAUAUAAUGGAGUUUAUUUUUUCUAUGCUUUAUAGAAAUGUUGGUGUAGAUAGAUGUAAAUGUCUAUAAAGAUGUGACUUCUGCUGGGGGGAAGUGACCAGAAAGUCUUUACAUCAGAAGAACUGGACCUGCAGGUGUCGGUGUGUGACGCGUUCUUAAAGUGCAGCUUUUCGAGUUUGGACUAAUGCUGAUUCUCGCUUGGCACGGAAAUUGUAUUUAUGGUAAAUAAAACGUGUACUAACUUUGA